AUGGUAUAAAAGUUCUCGAGUAGAAACCUGAUUUAAAAUUUAAAUAAUCUUCUCUAACUAACAGAUUUAAAGCAUCUGACCUACAUUUUAAAAAUGAACACCUUCAAGAAAAUUUGCUUGAUAGCAUUUGUUGUCGCUGUUCUCACAGUAUGUUCAGAAGCACAAUAUAAUAACUAUAAUGGUCCUGCAAGAGGUGGCCGUGGUCGAGGUGGUUACGGAGGAAGACCUGUAAAUCAAGCAAAUCAAGGAGGAGCUACUUCUCAAAAUAAUAGACAAGAUGCUUACAAUACAAACUAUGGUCGAGGAAAUCUUAACAACAAUCAAAGAAAUCAAGCUUCUCAACAAGGUAUUCAACGUAAUCGAAAUGGAGGAGUCUAUUAACUAUAGAUACUAAGUAUAUAUAAGCCUAACAUUUAAAAAAAGAAGAUACAAAUGAUGUUAUAGUACAUAAAUAAAAUAUUUUGUAAAAACUUG